CGUGCGCGCGGUUUGUUUGACGAUAUAAAACACUUCAUAUUUCUCGGCUGUAUUUUGUAAUGUAAACUCUGAAAUACUCAUUGUUCUACAUACACCGAGAGGGUUAUCCUAAACUAGAAAGAUACUGAUAAAACUAAGAAGAGCGUUUAAAUAUAAUAUAUAUAUCGACGUGUAACUACAGAAGUGAGAUCUACUGUAACUGUUAAAGAUGGCUUUUGUUAAGGUGAAAGAGGAGGAGGACGCGUGUGUUCCACAACCCUGUUACAUAAACAAUGAAAAACAAUCAGGAGUGAUUAAAGUGAAAGAGGAAAUCCAGGAUGUGAAUGAAGAGGAGGAGAAAUAUCAGCCCCAGAGUUUCCAAGAUGCCAUAAAAGAAGAACAAUCAUUGCCUUCUUCCCAAACUGAAGAUAGUUCCUCGCAAAGCAGAGCUCAAAGGACAAGAAAGCCUCCAUGUGGAAACACUUUCACACAUACAAGAAAGCUUACCAAGCAAAUGACAAGUGACAAACCCUCGGAAAACCACAGUAGAACGGGCCACUUCACAUGCAACCAAUGUGGGAAGACUUACGUGUAUAAAUCCAAAUAUGAUCAACACAUACAAAUCCACACUAACAACAUUUUCAGGUGCUCCCUUUGUGAAAAGAGUUUCAUAUAUAAAACUCAGCUGGACAUUCACAUGAGAGUCCACACCAAAGAAGAGCCCUACUCAUGCCAUCAGUGUGAGGAGACUUUCAGAUGGAGCAACAGCCUCAAGUAUCAUCUGCUGCGUCAUCAUUCUGAAGUGCUGGAGUAUAAAUGUGAUCAGUGCACUAAAACAUUUGCUAAAGCGUCAUACCUGAAGAGUCACCUCAACACUCACGCGAAAGAGAAGUAUUGUGAUUGUGCCGCUUGUAAAAAGAGAUUCUUGCAGUCAGGAAAGGCUGGAAAAGUGAAUGCGUCAGGUGUUUCACACAAAAAGAAAAACACGUUUACCUGCUCUCAGUGUGGACUGGUUUUCACAUGUAAAAGACAACUUGAUAAACAUAUGGUAAGUCACGAUAAAGGGACGUGUGCGCAGUGUGGAAAGAUGUUCACGACCCUUCAUACCCUUAAAAUUCACAUGAGAAUUCACACUGGAGAGAAACCAUUCACCUGCUCUCAGUGUGGGAAGAGAUUCUCACAUGAUGGAAACUUUAGGAGGCACAAAUUAAAUUACCAUCAAGAUGCACAAGCAGUUUUACCUGAGAAAAAGAUUACAAAAUCCAAACGCUAAGGUUAUCAGGGACCAGUUUUUCAACAAAUUUAACCUGGAUCAGUUUUGUCCAUAUUUGGAAAUCCUUUGUUUUGCUUUCUUUCUUUACGACAGUUUUUUAAAGGAACAUUGGGUUGGAUCAUUGUGAUUAAAAUACCAAAUUUCAGUUUACCAGAGCCUUAAAUGGAACCAACAGUGUAGCCUACUGGCUUAGCAAAGAACAAUAGGUAGGCAAAAUACCAGUGGCCACAAACAGCCAUUGUUUUAAUGGUAAGAAACCGAAACACUGCAAUCAACAAACAUUUUACACUUUUAGUUUGUUCUAAUACAAUUCUGCUUUGAUAUUGUUUUGUUGUUGUU